AAUACACAGUCUUGGUUAGAUUUAGUGCACCUAUAGCUGGACCUGGAGCCUGGGAACUCGACUGUACUUUCAAGAGUGUUUUCAUGUGAAACCAGAAGCGUGUGGAGAGCUACUUCCUUUACUGACGAUGUCUCACCUUCAGGAGGACUGAAAACAAAGAAAAGAGCAGCAAGGUGCCAGCUUCACAUCACUUUUGUGCUCCACCAGCAGCUCUUACUUCUUGACCAUUAUGGCGAACUGGACUCUGUUUAUCGUUCUGAUCCUGCCAGCUAUGGUGUGUCUCGACAGCAAAGGAACACGAGAGGAAACCAUCAGGAGAGAACGAGGAGUUCUGUCAGUGUGCUUCAAUGACACGAUGAACAACAUCAUGCUGAUCGUUUGUAAGAUCAGAACAGAGAGAAGAAUGGGACAAAACUGUAGUCUGUUGUAUCGAGAUGGAGGGAAAAUUGAGGAUAAAUGUGACUCAAGAUUCAGACUUGUGAAAAAGAAUGAGACUGUGUUUAUCCAGUGGAAAGACUUAACCCCAGAGGAUCAUGGGAACAUCACCUGUGAAUGUUCACAAACAGGUGGAACAUUCACUCUAGAGCUCAGUGUCCGUUUUGAUGUUUCAGAGAAUGAAGUACACAGCAGUGAGAAACCAGAGCAGCUCUUUCCUUUUGUUGGUGGAAUUUCAGUCAUCGUUAUAACUGCAGCCAUCCUUGGGCUUGUCUGCAGGAGGUUACAUCACAGGAAACAAGCAGAGCCCCUGAGCAGCCCUCCAAACAUGGAUCCUCCUGACAUUGAACCCUACAGCACCUUCACCCAGAGAGAAAAUGGACUCUACUCAACUGUCAAACUGUUCAGCUCUCCACCAACAUGAACUAUUA